UCUUCCUCUCACUCAAAAGACAUUUGUUCUUCUUCUUCUUCUUUGAAGGAAAUAAUGGGUCAUUUUUGGACUUUGAUCACUCAUCUUCAUACUAUUGCCGGGCCAGUGACGAUGUUGCUCUAUCCUCUAUAUGCAUCAAUAAUAGCUAUAGAGAGCACUUCCAAGUUGGAUGAUGAACAAUGGCUUGCUUAUUGGAUUCUCUAUUCUUUUCUUACACUUGUGGAGAUGCUGCUUCAACCCAUUCUUGACUGGAUACCAAUAUGGUACGAUGUGAAGUUGAUAGUUGUGGCAUGGCUAGUUUUGCCCCAGUUUAGAGGAGCUACUUUUAUAUAUGAAACCUACGUUAGGGAAAAGCUAAUCAAGAAAUAUGGAGAAUCACAUCAGCAUAAGUCUCCUGAGGUCAAGGCCAAAAAGAAAUCUGUACACUUCAUUACUCCAAAGACGGGAGAAGAUGAAGCUUACUAAGGAGCAUGUAUGAUCGAUGUUCAAGUUUGCUAGCUGUUGUAAUUUUAAUUUGACACUGGAAGCAUACUUUGUAUUACGGACAAGCUUAUUAUGAGAUCUGUUAUGCAUG